AUGGUACUGGGUGUCGUCAUGAUGGCGACCAUGCUACCGACCAUGAUCGGUCUAAACGAGGCCACGCAGGGGAGCCGCCAGCACGAGGAAGACCGAGUGAACAACGCGCGCAAGUCGCGCACCCAUCUCGUGGCCACAGUGUCGUUAACUCAGGGCACGCAGGGGCAGCGGGAGCAGGUUCAUAAUGCCAUGGUGCAAGUGGGUCGGGACGGAAAGCUCUAUAUCACCAAGCAGCCCGCUUCCACCAUGGUCCCCUACAAUGGCGGAUUCUACUCACACCCAGACUUCCCGCCCAGUAAUACAUCUGGGUUGGUGACCGUCAGUGGCGAGGAGACUCCGACUCUCCGCUGGGUGUUUCUGGAUAAAAACACGCAUGAGCUGCGCUGGGGCGGCCGUCCCGAUAGUGAGGGCCACGUAUGUGGGCCUUUUGACUGGUCCAAAGACGAGACGUACGUGACAUUGGAUGGUUGGGAAGGAUGGCUCGCCGUGCGACUACCGGACGAUGAGACCCACGAUCGGACAAACCACGAGCUGGGGAUCGACGAUGGGCGCGAGGUGUGGCGAUUGUAUUUUGAUCAAAAUGAUGAUGGAGCUGAUCUGCCACCCGGUGCUCAGGGGCUGGAAGUUCGACUGAAACGAGUGACGGCAGAGUCAUGA